AUUACAAAACCGUAUCUUCACGACUACCAUGGACCGUUGUUAAUUGUUUGAAACACUAUAAAGAUACUUGGUUUCUGUGUGCUACAGGUGUCCCAUCUUUCCCCACCCUACUAUAUGAGUAUGCACUUGUAUUGCGUAUAAACAUACAUGCCGGUCUAUAUGUGGAGCAUUGUACCGUCAUCUUGAAAUAACUGUUUUUAAAAACCUAGCUGAUACCUAACACUAGAUCUACAAUUACUCAGGCCAACCUAAACAUAAAGCGAAAUGUUGUGUUCUAUUAUUUUUCUUUGUCAUAUACUAAGAUUCUAAUUAAAUGCGGCUCUUUUACCAAGCAACACAAUUAUUAAUCUAUCUGUGUACAGAGACAUGUCACUUUAUGAUUGAUAGUUUGCACAGUAAACACAAAGUACAUCGGAUUCUAAUCUGAGAUACUGUAGUAGGUAAAAACGUAGUGGCUAUGAUGUCCAGAAUCAGGGUUGCCCAUAUUUCACUUUCCUUAACGAUUCUCCUUGGCGGUUUCGUUGUAGUUCGCGAGUUUUCAUCAUUGAAAGAUGUUCGAUGUGGUCGAGAAUAUGCAAGUCAUGAAAAUAAACGAGAAUCUACUAAAGCCCAGCAGGCAGAACAAAAAGUGUUGCAACAUGAGGUUAGAAUAACUGAAAACACAACUAAAACUACCAGCACGACAACGACGACAACAACAGCAACAAGUACAGUCUUGCCAGGGUCAAAAGAUACAUUAUGUCCUAAAGUUUCCCCAUUACUAACUGGACCUACACAUAUCACCUUUGAGGGCCCUGAUGAUUUAAACUGGCCGCCUACGUUAGAAGAAAUAGCGCAACAAAACCAGGGGCUGCAGCCAGGAGGUAUUUAUCCUGGACCAACGGAUUGCAAACCAAGAUCAAAAGUUGCAAUUAUUAUUCCAUACCGAGACAGAGAAGAACACUUGAGGUAUAAUCUACACUAUCUGCACGGAAUUUUGCAACGCCAGCAACUUCAAUAUAUUGUCGUUGUUGUAGAACAAGACAACGACUAUACCUUUAACAAGGGCUUACUUAUGAACCUUGGUUUUCAAUAUGUUAUGAACUCAACCAACUUCACGGCGGACUGCUUUUUCUUUCAUGACGUUGACACUUUGAGUGAGAAUGACCGAACCUUGUAUCUUUGCAAAGGUGAUAGUGAAGUCGUACAUUUAUCAGCACGUUUGGAUAAGUACAACUACCGCUUGUGUUGUGGAGUGACAGUCGGUGGUGUGCUGGGUUUAAAACCGCAACAAUUUAUCAAAAUCAACGGUUAUUCUAACAAAUAUUGUGGUUGGGGUGGCGAAGAUGACGACAUAAACGCCAGGAUACGACAUGUUGGAGGGUUCUCAAUUUUUCGGCCGAAUAAGAAAUACAACAAUUUCAAGAUGAUCAGUCACCAGCACGACCAAGGAAACCCAGUGAAUGGGAAACGUCUUCAACUUUUGAAAGCAUGGGGAAAAAGGCAGCCGAAAGACGGUGUUAACUCUUUAGAAAAAGAAGAUAUUAAAAUUGUAAAACAAGUGACGCAUACACGUUUAUACGUCAGAUCACGUGACUGUGCUGCCACGUAACGAAAGGCUUUUGAAGUUCAAUACACUUUCACAUUUUUCUUUACUUUACCUAUACUAGGAUUAAUUAUUUUGAUAAGCUUCCUAUAGAAAAUGCAUAACUUUGUUCGUAUUCACGCGCUUUUUAUCGUUAGCUGCUAUAUAUACUAUUCAUGAUUUCGGUUUACAAUUUUCUUUAGAUGUGCUUGUAGUACAAUUCUGGACAAAUAGGA